CUUGGCGUCUGUACAAGACAUUUCAUAUUCUCACAUGGCGACAGGAAAGACUAGUAAUUAUUAAGAACUUGGUAUUUCAAUUGCCCUACUCUUGGUACCAUCAAACUGUCUUUCCUGCCGUCCAGUCUUUAAAGAUGGGUAGUUUGCUAACUCCUCCUCCUUCCAUAUGCUUUACUCGAGCGAAAACGGCGACGAGGAGCCAGGCAGCCCGGCCGUCAGGGAGACUCGUAGAGAGAGACACAGAGAGAAGAGAGCAGAGACCUCACUCACCUGGGAAGGUUCCUACAAUUUUGAUUCGUCCGACAUGCCUGUCUUAGGCUAAAGGCUUUUAUUGGGAUCCCUGGUCUACGUCACCCUCUUGUGAACAUCUGCCAAAAUCCAUCUGCAACGCCUUUGUGCAUGGUUCGACAAUGGUGAUUUAGCUCUCGGACUAGUAACUCUAGCUUAUUCAUAAAUUCACCUUGUUAACACUUGGGAUGGUGUUUGGUUUCGGUGUAUCGGCCCUUUUAUUUCCUUCCUGAUACUAAUGUAAACCUCAGUUGCUCAAUUGUAAGGUAAUUUUAAGUGGGUUAUUAUUCCUAUGGGUAUAUUUUUCUACAUAAAUGACCAUGACUUUUAGAUACUAAUCUUCCUGAAUAUUUCUUUACAGACAGCGAGCGAAGCAGAACGAAGGGAACGCCCUACGAUCUACGUGAAUUGCCUUGUUAUCCUACCAAUUGUUUGUAACUACGGUCCUACGUCAUUUUAAAGGCUUAUUUAUGUAAUAAAUAUCAUAUUUAAUUACAUUUUUCCUUCUAACCUUUAUUUCAAAACACAGAUUUUUAUGGUGUUCUGCUUAUGGCGCCCAACGUGGGGCAACACGAAGAAAGGUGCUUAAUGAUGGUGCAGAGGAUCCAGUAGAGAAUUGACCACGACUGGGGCUCCCAAUAGUCUCUCAUAUUUCUAUUUGUAGGACAUUGAUAUUUUCCUUUCCAGGAUAUUAACAUUUUAUUGAAAUAAAUAUAAUUUUCCUUUUCAGAAAAUUAACAUUUUAUUGGUUUGCAUUUGUUAUUCUUCUGUUAUAAUGGCUAACUUACAGGUACUGAUCGGACAACGAAAAGUCAUUCGGAGAAAAGUCACCGAACAAUUCAAUAGGUCUGACACCUAUUCUGCCCUUACACAAGAAGAAAAGUUAGCUAUUAAAGGUCUUCUUGUUAAUUAUAGAAACAAGUUGUCAGAGCUAGAUGAUCAAAUCGUCUUGAAGAAAUUUCCUGACAUAUGUGAUGAAGCAGAGUUAGAGCCAGAAUUAACAAGUUGCCAGGAUUAUCUAGACAAAAUUGAGCAUUGUCUACCAUUACUUGAGAUUUCAAGGAGUAAGAAUGAUUCUAUUAAUAUUCCCGACGUGGCCCGCAGUUUACUGAAACAGCCAACAGCUCCUCUUCCUAAGUUUACUAGCAAAGAAGGAGAAGAUUUCUUGAAAUUUAUAGCAGAGUUUGAGGCUACAACUAAUGCAUUUAAGUAUCCAGACAGAGAUUUACUUUUAUUGCUGAAGCAACAGGUAGACGGUCGAGCAAAGACUUUAUUAAGUUCUCUGGAAGCUGAUAAACAGCGUUAUGUAGAUGCCAAAGAACUAUUGAUUUCCGCCUUUGCUUCUAAGGAGGUUUGUAAAAACAAUGCAAUUAGGAAAAUUACGGAGUUAAGUCUAAGAGAGGGUGAUGAUCCCUUCACAUUUAUUUCCAUCCUCCGAUCAGUAUGCGAAGCAGUCAAGACUUUUAACAUUGGAGCGGAUGAAUUUGUCAGAUAUUUUGCUUGGCAUGGCUUAAAUGGUCGCUUUCAGCGUCAUCUUAUUAAUAUUACAGGAAAGACUCAUCCUUCCUUAAAUGACAUUAUUUCACAUUUCUUUGCAGCUUGCGAAAGGUACGAAAGUGAGGGGAAAGGUGUUGAAAGCUUGAAGUAUAAAGCUUCGCCUGUCAAGACAUUAACACUCCCUCUUCGUAAAGAGAGAGCUACCAGCAUGGCUGCGGAAGCAGUAACCUAUGAUAAAGACAAGUCUUCGCCUCAAUGUUCCUUGUGUUCUGCGGUUGGAAAUACUGAUAAAUUUCACUUUAUUCAUAAGUGCCCUAAUUUUCUUUCUCCUACAGAUAAAGUGCAUAUUUUAAAAUCUAGAAAUGGAUGUGUAAAAUGCGGCCAGUUUAACCAUGUUUCCGGUAAAUACCGUUUUAAAUUCAAGAGACGCUGUUCAAAUUGUAACAGCUGGCAUAUGACUUACCUGUGUGAUAGGAGUCCGUCCCCAGGCAGAAACUCUAACAAUAAUAAUAACGGCAAAUCCAAGGUGGAAACUUCUCCUCAAAUAAGCAGCGGUGUUGCCGUCCUUCCUACUUGUCAGGGUGAUUCCAUUUUACCCACCUUUUCAUUUAAAGUUGGGGGGACUGUUUACAGAGGACUGAAGGACAGUGGUUCGCAGAGCACGUUUGUCACUAAGAAAUUGGCGGAGGAGAAUAAUCUUAAAAUCAUUAACUCUAAAGUAAAGCUAACAGUUAAUGGGUUUAAUGGCAACAAGGAGUAUUUUACUGAAAUUGUUGAAGUUCCUGUUACGAUCGGAGAUAAAUCCUUUAUAAUUUAUUGCUUGGUUGUACCAAACAUUAAUGUAGCAUUGAAAUUACCUCUGCUUGGUAGAUUAGUUGAUAAAUUUCAGGCACAAGGUGUUAAACUAGCUGAUCAAUUCCUUCAUAAAUUUUCUCAUGAAAUUGAUAAUGUUCAGCUCAUUUUAGGUACAGACUUCGCUUAUUGUAUUGCAGGUACAGAUACAGUUUUUGGAGGAAUAAAUUCAUCGAUGUAUACUGAGUGUCAUGCAGGUAUUUUGCUGUCUGGUAGCAUUGAUUUAAUGAUUAAGAAUAUUGAUAAUUUAGCUGAUACGAGAGUGCAAACCUCGGCUGUUAGUAACCCAUUUGAGUGUAGUUCUGCUAUUCAUAUCCAGAGUAGUUCCUUUUUGCUGAACUCUAAAGUUGAUAUUUUUGCCGAUGAUGACAUUAACACUAACUUUGAAGUAAACUGUUCAUUUUCUGUAAUAAAUGAAAGAGGUAUGCUUAUGGAGAAACCACUGCAACAGGCCACUGAUCAACUUCUAGAGUCUGAAUGUAAUUAUUACUUAAAUUACGAUCAGAAUUUCUACAAUGAUGAAAGUAUUGAACUUAACAACCAGUUGGUCGAAUUUACCAUCAAAACCCUUCGUCGUAGGGAGUCUGAUGGACGUAUUAUCGUUCCCUUGUUGAGGAAUGGGAAUGUUUCUCAUUUACUUUCAAAGAAUGAAAAUCUAUCUAAAUUGAUAUUAAGGUCUAAUCUCAAAGAGACUUAAACGACAUCCAGAACGUUUGCAGCUCGUUGACCAAACAAUUAAGGAGCAAUUGAAGGCAGGCAUAAUUGAACCCAUUUAUGAUUUAGAGGUGUUUAAAAGUGAGAACCCUCAACAUUCUUUUUUACCACACAUGCCUAUCUUUAAACUGGAUAAGGAUAGUACCAAAUGUAGGAUUGUAUUUUUGUCCAACCUUAGGGAUUCUUCUAAUAGUAUAUCUUUGUCACAUAACCAGUGCAUGUAUUCAGGGCCUACGUUAAACCAAAAAUUGUCCUCUUCCUUUUUACAGCUUAGAUUUGACCAAAAGUUACUCAUAUUUGACCUUAAGAAAGCCUUUAAUAUGUUAUCCUUAACAGAAACUGAUCAGUCUAAGUUGUUAUUUUUUUGGUACAAAAAUGUGAGUCAAGAUGAUUUUUCCUUAUUGGCUUUUAAGAAUGUAAGAUUACCUUUUGGCCUUAGAUGUAGUCCAUUUUUAUUAAUGAUUUCAUUAUAUUACAUACUUGUGUUUCAACCUUCAGAGGAUUCUCGAAUAGCAGAUUUAAAGAAAUCUAUCUAUUCCAUGAUUUAUAUGGACAAUGGGGCUAUUACUGCCAAUACUUCAGAGGAGUUAGAAUGGUCGUAUAAACAGCUUUCGAAUAUAUUCAAUCCCUAUAAAUUUGACGUUCAGCAGGUUGUAACUAAUGACUCAAUUUUACAGGAUGAAGUGGACUGCGAAGCCGAGGCAGCUACGCCUUUACGUAACAAGUUGUUUGGUUUAAACUGGGACCGAUGUUCCGACGAAAUUUUCACUAAACCAAUUUUCUUGAUCCCAAUGCUAAUACUAAAAGGUCUCUUUUACAAACAAUUGCUUCACAGUUUGACCUGUUUGGUUUUAAUAUGCCAUUGUUUAACCGCUGUAGAUUGUUCAUGCAUCAAUUACAGCGUCAAAAGAA